CCCAAGGCGAUAAACAGAAACUCUUCUGUCUUUCACCUCAACUUACUAAUUGACAACGAACGCAUCGGUGAUCAAAACGUUGUUGAAUAUGCUGACUCGCUACUUCAUACUGUCAGCACUGGCAGAGCGUGUUGUGAGCUUUGCACUCCCAGAACAGGAAGUACUCACUUCGCUACCAGUGGAGAAAGACCCCAACGUCAUACUCUCAGCUCUCCGCCAUGCAGAUAUCAUCCCAGAUGUCCUCAACGCCUUCUCGCCCUUGAUCUCUCUAUCCGUAAACUGGUCUUCUUCUGAGCGAACAAAUCUUGGCAACACCAUUCCACCCUCUCACCUCCAACACUCUCCUGAUGUAUACAUAAACACGAUUCCCUCAGCAUAUCUCCCUUUCAACACUCAACUGGUUCUUGCACUCACUGAUCCUGACGCUCCUUCCCAUGAAGACCCGAAGUGGAGUCAAAUAUGUCAUUGGCUGUUCACUGCCAAAUCAGGCAGAGUCAAGGAUUUGGUGGAGUACAAGCCUCCUGGACCUCCUGAGGGCACUGGGAAGCAUCGAUAUGUGUUUGUGGUAAUGAUUGCGAAGAACGGAACCACGGAGAGUUUGGAGCUUACAGUACCGGAAGAGAGGAGACAUUGGGGUUAUGAUGGUAAGAGGAGCGGCGUUCGUGCAUAUGCAAUGGAGAAUGGAUUGAAAGUCAUUGGUGCCAACUUCAUCUAUGCUCAGAACGAUAAGCAGUAAAGGAGUUCAUGGGGAUGGUGAGACUGUGCAUGGGCAGGAGCGACCGCGUUGACGGCUUGGUUCAGCCGGUCUGUUGCAUCUCUUUCUCUUUCUUGAUUGAUUUAAGUACUUCCACCUGCUUAUUUCAGCGUACUUUUGUCUUAUAGGAGCGGAUAGAGCCAUCUUGACACAUGCGAUGUUUUUUCGUGUCAAUUUUCGAGGGGACUUUGAGACAGGGUCAUACCCUCAGCGAUGGGUUUUGACCCUUCGGCAGCGAUAUAGCAAUCUACAGCCAUCUUAAUCCCUUG